CUCUGUGCAUUUGUCUCUUCCUCAUUUUAAUGACAACAGGAACUAAACCACUUUGGUCUUUUGAAAAAAGUUUGCUGUGGCUUUAAUUUUAAUUUCGGCUGACGACAGAACUCGCUUUAGAUAUUGCCGUUCUUACACUAAAGUUCAUUACAUCAACGAUAAAUAUUAAAUUUACAGGAAAUUCAUUUCUUCAAUGAACUGAUCAGCAAAAUAACUGCUUUACUUGCUCUAUAUUUUCGUUGACGUUCAACAAGAUCAGUACAGACGUAACAGUUUAUUGCUUGGUCAGGUUUGAAGACACGAACUGUUUGAUCGCAACAGGAUAUCGAACUUUUCUCUAAACAUGGAUUCCCAGUCCACUUUUUUGUCGCGUAUUGGGCAGGUGUUCUGGGAGAUUUUGGGCUAUGUCACAUCAGCUGUGCAGCGAUAUUUGACGCCAGCGCCUCCAAAUACAGGAAACGAUGAUACACAUAUUAGCCCGGAAGCAAGAGUUUGCGAAGAAAGAAACAGUGAUAAGGAGGAAGAAGAUAAUUAUUUAAGAGAAGAAACCAAAAGAGACAGUAAAUGUUGGUCACAUGUGGACACUGCAGAUGAAAGAGUAGUUAAUUUGAUGCAGCGUGAGAUUUUACUUUCCAACCAACAAGAAGCUAAUGAUGGUCAAGAUAAGGCAGAUAUAACACAAGACAAAAUGAAACUGGCGGUGGAAGUAGAAGAUACUUAUAUCUUUGCUAAUGAACAAGAAAAUAAAAAGCAAGAUGACAAAACAACUGAGGACGAAUCUCACAAAUCUGUUGAUCAAAGAACAGAAAAAAAAAUUGAAUCAGUGGAAGAAGCAGCUUUCAGAUUACCAGGGGAUGAAUAUCCUUUCAGAGAGGAAGAUGAAUCUAAAUGGGAAAGAAAAAAAGAAAGGAAAAAUGCAAGAAAAUAUGAAGAUCUUAUACAGUCAAAUGAAGUGAAUAUCUUCAGAGGGCACACUGAGGAACGUGAUGUGACUGAGAAGGUGAAAGGAGAGAGUGGGGUAAAAGAGGUGGUGAUGAUUCGUGAAGACAUGAUGGGACGCUCAAAUGGAAAAACUGAAGCGGUAGCAGGGGAGACACCAUUUGGAGUAGAUGAAUUUUUGCUUUCUGAUACUAUUGACACACUAGAAAUAGAACCUGCAGAUGGAGUGGAAGCAGGGAGCACAGGACAAGGAAGCAAUGAAGAAAAUGAAAGAUGCACAGAAGAAUCAAUGGGAAUUGUUAGUAUCACAAAAACAAGUAUGGGAGUUUUAGAAAGAGGGUCAAAGGGAGAAGAAAUGAGAGGAAAGUGGCAAGGAGUACAAAAAAGCCAAAGACUAGAAAAAAAGACAAACAGCCAUAAAAAAGAAUUGGCUGGAGCAGAUGAAAGGGACAUGAGUUACUUAUAUGAAUUAGGAGAAGAAGAUAGGAAGGAGGAUGAAUCCACAGUGGGAAAAAAUGGUGAAGAAUGUGCAAGAAUUCAGCCUGUGCAGAAAGAAAAGGUGGACAAUAGGAAAAAAGAAGAAAAAUCUUAUGAAGAAAAACAAGAAGCUAAGAUAGAGGGGGAGUGUGGAUCUGGGAUAUAUGAAAUCUUUGAAACCGCAAGCAAAGAAGUAGAUGUCAGUAUGGAAAAUAGAGAGUCAGACAAAGUCGGACAGGAGGAGGAGAAAAGAGAAGUGGAACAGAAUGAAACAGCAGAGAUGGGAGUGCAAGAAAGGCUUCAGGUGAUGGAAACAGAAAUAAUACUUGAAACAGUCAUGGCAGGGGAAGGACGAGAUGAGAGUAGAAAAACACAAAUGGCAGGACAAGAUGAAGUCCAAAGAGUGGAAGAAUAUGCUGAUGUGAACAAGAAUGUAACGCAAAGAAAUGAAGAAAGCAAAGAUGGAGAAAUUUCACCAGAAAGUGUUCUCACAUUAAACAUGGGGCAAUAUAAAAGAACAAAAGAGCGGGUGGAAGAGGAAGGAGAUGUGAACAAAUUGAGAGAUGAGCUGGAUGAAGAAGACAAAAGUCAAGGAUCUAUAACAGAAGACAGAGAUGAAUCCAAUGUAACUGAAGAAAGUGGAGGGAAUGGAGGAAGGGAAAGAUGUGUAUUUGAGUUAGAAAAGGAAGGAAAUAACAUUUAUGAGGGAAUGAGAGACAUAAAAAUCCUCCAUGAAGAGAGAUGGAGAGAAAAGAGUAAGAUAAAUGAAGAAGUAGCAGCAUCCUGGGUGGAUGUUGGAGAAUCUGUGGCAGCAAACGAAAAACUAGCUAAAGAAAACAAAGUGACAUCAGGAACAGAAUGGAAGGAUGAGGGAGAAGUGGACAAAGAGAAAGAAAGAGAAAGGGAGGAAAGAUCUCCCAAAGAAGAGCCAACUGGAGUUGAGGUCAGCAUGGAAGAUGGAGAGUUAGACAAAGUCGAAGAGGAGGAGGAGAAUAGAGGAGCAGAACUGAAAGAAUGGGUAGAGACAGAAGUGCAAGAAAGAGAAAAAGAGAAAGUGGAAGAGGAGGGAGAUGUGGACAAAUUGAGAGAUGAGUUUGAUGAAGAAGACAAAAGUCAAGUGUCUGUAACAGAAGAAAGAGAUGAAUCAGAUGUAAUUGAAGAAGGUGGAGAGGAUGGAGAAAGGGAAAGAUGUUUAUCUGAGUCAGAAAAAGAAGGAAAUGAUGCUUCUGUGGGAAUGAGAGACAUAGAAAUCCUCCAGAAAGAGAGAUGGAGAAAAGAGAGUAAGAUAAAUGAAGAAGUAGCAGCAUCCUGGGUGGAUGUUGGAGAAUCUGUGGCAGCAAAUGAAAAACUAGCUAAAGAAAACAAAGUGACAUCAGGAACAGAAUGGAAGGAUGAGGGAGAAGUGGACAAAGAGAAAGAAAGAGAAAGGGAGGAAAGAUCUCACAAAGAAGAGCCAACUGGAGUUGAGGCCAGCAUGGAAGAUGGAGAGUUAGACAAAGUCGAAGAGGAGGAAGAGAAUAGAGGAGCAGAACUGAAUGAAAGGGUAGAGACAGAAGUGCAAGAAAGAGAAAAAGAGAAAGUGGAAGAGGAGGGAGAUGUGGACAAAUUGAGAGAUGAGUUGGAUGAAGAAGACAUAAGUCAAGGAUCUGUAACAGAAGAAAGAGAUGAAUCAGAUGUAAUUGAAGGAGGUGGAGAGUAUGGAGAAAGGGAAAGAUGUUUAUCUGAGUCAGAAAAAGAAAAAAAUGAUGCCUCUGUGGGAAUGAGAGACAUAGAAAUCCUUCUGGAAAAGAGAUGGAGAGAAGAGAGUAAGAUAAAUGAAGAAGUAGCAGCAUCCUGGGUGGAUGUUGGAGAAUCUGUGGCAGCAAACGAAAAACUAGCUAAAGAAAACAAAGUGACAUCAGGAACAGAAUGGAAGGAUGAGGGAGAAGUGGACAAAGAAAGAGAAAGGGAGGAAAGAUCUCACAAAGAAGAGCCAACUGGAGUUGAGGCCAGCAUGGAAGAUGGAGAGUUAGACAAAGUCGAAGAGGAGGAGGAGAAUAGAGGAGCAGAACUGAAUGAAAGGGUAGAGACAGAAGUGCAAGAAAGAGAAAAAGAGAAAGUGGAAGAGGAGGGAGAUGUGGACAAAUUGAGAGAUGAGUUUGAUGAAGAAGACAAAAGUCAAGGAUCUGUAACAGAAGAAAGAGAUGAAUCAGAUGUAAUUGAAGAAGGUGGAGAGGAUGGAGAAAGGCAAAGAUGUUUAUCUGAGUCAGAAAAAGAAGGAAAUGAUGCUUCUGUGGUAAUGAGAGACAUAGAAAUCCUCCAUGAAGAGAGAUGGAGAGAAGAGAGUAAGAUAAAUGAAGAAGUAGCAGCAUCCUGGGUGGAUGUUGGAGAAUCUGUGGCAGCAAAUGAAAAACUAGCUAAAGAAAACAAAGUGACAUCAGGAACAGAAUGGAAGGAUGAGGGAGAAGUGGACAAAGAAAGAGAAAGGGAGGAAAGAUCUCACAAAGAAGAGCCAACUGGAGUUGAGGCCAGCAUGGAAGAUGGAGAGUUAGACAAAGUCGAAGAGGAGGAGGAGAAUAGAGGAGCAGAACUGAAUGAAAGGGUAGAGACAGAAGUGCAAGAAAGAGAAAAAGAAAAAGUGGAAGAGGAGGGAGAUGUGGACAAAUUGAGAGAUGAGUUUGAUGAAGAAGACAAAAGUCAAGGAUCUGUAACAGAAGAAAGAGAUGAAUCAGAUGUAAUUGAAGAAGGUGGAGAGGAUGGCGAAAGGCAAAGAUGUUUAUCUGAGUCAGAAAAAGAAGGAAAUGAUGCUUCUGUGGGAAUGAGAGACAUAGAAAUCCUCCAUGAAGAGAGAUGGAGAGAAGAGAGUAAGAUAAAUGAAGAAGUAGCAGCAUCCUGGGUGGAUGUUGGAGAAUCUGUGGCAGCAAACGAAAAACUAGCUAAAGAAAACAAAGUGACAUCAGGAACAGAAUGGAAGGAUGAGGGAGAAGUGGACAAAGAGAAAGAAAGAGAAAGGGAGGAAAGAUCUCCCAAAGAAGAGCCAACUGGAGUUGAGGCCAGCAUGGAAGAUGGAGAGUUAGAUAAAGUCGAAGAGGAGGAGGAGAAUAGAGGAGCAGAAUUGAAUGAAAGGGUAGAGACAGAAGUGCAAGAAAGAGAAAAAGAGAAAGUGGAAGAGGAGGGAGAUGUGGACAAAUUGAGAGAUGAGUUUGAUGAAGAAGACAAAAGUCAAGGAUCUGUAACAGAAGAAAGAGAUGAAUCAGAUGUAAUUGAAGAAGGUGGAGAGGAUGGAGAAAGGCAAAGAUGUUUAUCUGAGUCAGAAAAAGAAGGAAAUGAUGCUUCUGUGGGAAUGAGAGACAUAGAAAUCCUCCAGAAAGAGAGAUGGAGAGAAGAGAGUAAGAUAAAUGAAGAAGUAGCAGCAUCCUGGGUGGAUGUUGGAGAAUCUGUGGCAGCAAACGAAAAACUAGCUAAAGAAAACAGAGUGACAUCAGGAACAGAAUGGAAGGAUGAGGGAGAAGUGGACAAAGAGAAAGAAAGAGAAAGGGAGGAAAGAUCUCCCAAAGAAGAGCCAACUGGAGUUGAGGUCAGCAUGGAAGAUGGAGAGUUAGACAAAGUCAAAGAGGAGGAGGAGAAUAGAGGAGCAGAACUGAAAGAAUGGGUAGAGACAGAAGUGCAAAAAAGAGAAAAAGAGAAAGUGGAAGAGGAGGGAGAUGUGGACAAAUUGAGAGAUGAGUUGGAUGAAGAAGACAUAAGUCAAGGAUCUGUAACAGAAGAAAGAGAUGAAUCAGAUGUAAUUGAAGAAGGUGGAGAGGAUGGAGAAAGGCAAAGAUGUUUAUCUGAGUCAGAAAAAGAAGGAAAUGAUGCUUCUGUGGGAAUGAGAGACAUAGAAAUCCUCCAUGAAGAGAGAUGGAGAGAAGAGAGUAAGAUAAAUGAAGAAGUAGCAGCAUCCUGGGUGGAUGUUGGAGAAUCUGUGGCAGCAAAUGAAAAACUAGCUAAAGAAAACAAAGUGACAUCAGGAACAGAAUGGAAGGAUGAGGGAGAAGUGGACAAAGAGAAAGAAAGAGAAAGGGAGGAAAGAUCUCACAAAGAAGAGCCAACUGGAGUUGAGGUCAGCAUGGAAGAUGGAGAGUUAGACAAAGUCGAAGAGGAGGAGGAGAAUAGAGGAGCAGAACUGAAUGAAAGGGUAGAGACAGAAGUGCAAGAAAGAGAAAAAGAGAAAGUGGAAGAGGAGGGAGAUGUGGACAAAUUGAGAGAUGAGUUUGAUGAAGAAGACAAAAGUCAAGGAUCUGUAACAGAAGAAAGAGAUGAAUCAGAUGUAAUUGAAGAAGGUGGAGAGGAUGGAGAAAGGCAAAGAUGUUUAUCUGAGUCAGAAAAAGAAGGAAAUGAUGCUUCUGUGGUAAUGAGAGACAUAGAAAUCCUCCAUGAAGAGAGAUGGAGAGAAGAGAGUAAGAUAAAUGAAGAAGUAGCAGCAUCCUGGGUGGAUGUUGGAGAAUCUGUGGCAGCAAAUGAAAAACUAGCUAAAGAAAACAAAGUGACAUCAGGAACAGAAUGGAAGGAUGAGGGAGAAGUGGACAAAGAAAGAGAAAGGGAGGAAAGAUCUCACAAAGAAGAGCCAACUGGAGUUGAGGCCAGCAUGGAAGAUGGAGAGUUAGAUAAAGUCGAAGAGGAGGAGGAGAAUAGAGGAGCAGAACUGAAUGAAAGGGUAGAGACAGAAGUGCAAGAAAGAGAAAAAGAGAAAGUGGAAGAGGAGGGAGAUGUGGACAAAUUGAGAGAUGAGUUUGAUGAAGAAGACAAAAGUCAAGGAUCUGUAACAGAAGAAAGAGAUGAAUCAGAUGUAAUUGAAGAAGGUGGAGAGGAUGGAGAAAGGCAAAGAUGUUUAUCUGAGUCAGAAAAAGAAGGAAAUGAUGCUUCUGUGGUAAUGAGAGACAUAGAAAUCCUCCAUGAAGAGAGAUGGAGAGAAGAGAGUAAGAUAAAUGAAGAAGUAGCAGCAUCCUGGGUGGAUGUUGGAGAAUCUGUGGCAGCAAAUGAAAAACUAGCUAAAGAAAACAAAGUGACAUCAGGAACAGAAUGGAAGGAUGAGGGAGAAGUGGACAAAGAGAAAGAAAGAGAAAGGGAGGAAAGAUCUCACAAAGAAGAGCCAACUGGAGUUGAGGCCAGCAUGGAAGAUGGAGAGUUAGACAAAGUCGAAGAGGAGGAAGAGAAUAGAGGAGCAGAACUGAAUGAAAGGGUAGAGACAGAAGUGCAAGAAAGAGAAAAAGAGAAAGUGGAAGAGGAGGGAGAUGUGGACAAAUUGAGAGAUGAGUUGGAUGAAGAAGACAAAAGUCAAGGAUCUGUAACAGAAGAAAGAGAUAAAUCAGAUGUAAUUGAAGGAGGUGGAGAGUAUGGAGAAAGGGAAAGAUGUUUAUCUGAGUCAGAAAAAGAAAAAAAUGAUGCCUCUGUGGGAAUGAGAGACAUAGAAAUCCUUCUGGAAGAGAGAUGGAGAGAAGAGAGUAAGAUAAAUGAAGAAGUAGCAGCAUCCUGGGUGGAUGUUGGAGAAUCCAUGGAAGCAAAGAAAAUAGUUGCUGAAAUAACCAAAGAGAUAUCAAGAACAGAAUGGAUGGAUGAUAUAAACUAUGAGGGAGAGGAAUACAAAGAAAGAAGAAGAGAGGAAAGAUCUUCCAUUGAAGAGUCAGCUGGUGCCGAGGUCAGUAUGAAAGAUGGAAAGUCAGACCAAUUAAGAGAGGAGAAGGAUAAUAGAGGAGCAAAAAAGAAUGAAGUGGUAGAGGUGGAAGUGCAAGAAAAGCUUCUGCUGAAGGAACCUGAAAUAAAACAUGAAACAAUCAUGGCAGGAGGAGAGGAAGAGAUGAGAAAAACACAGGUGGCAGGACAAGAUGAGGUCCAAAGAGAGGAAGAAUCUGCUGAAAUGGAAAAGAAUGCAACACAGAGAUAUGAGAAAAGCAAUGAUCAGGUUACUUUACCAGAAGGUGUUUUCACAUUAAACAUGGGGCAAUUUGAAACAGAGAAAGACAGUAUAGAAGAGGAAGGAGACAUGAACAAAUUGAGAGAUGAGCUGGAUGAAGAAAAAAAUCAAGGUUCAGUAACAGAAAACAUUGAGGAAUCAGGUGUGAUUGAAGACGGUGGGGAGGAUGGAGAAAGGGAAAGAUGUUUAUCUCUCCAUGAAGAGAGAUGGAGAGAAGAGAGUAAGAUAAAUGAAGAAGUAGCAGCAUCCUGGGUAGAUGUUGGAGAAUCUAAAGCAUGUGAAGUAAAUGUACAAAAUAUAAGAGAAGAAAAAAAUUUAGAGAUCUCAGUGACAGAAUUGCGAGAUGAUAGGAAACAUAGAGAAAAUGUAUAUAAAGUAAAAGAACAAGAAAUACUUCAUAUAUCUACAGAAGAGCAACCUUAUGAGAAUAUCAACAUAUUCCAUGAAGCAUUAGAUAUGAGCAAAACGAAUGAAACAAAAACAGAUCUGCAACAAACAGAAGAACCUCGAACACAUGAAAAUAUUUUUGGGAGGAAUUCUCAAGUAAUUGAUUUGUUCAAAGUAGCUGAACAAAAGGAAACCAAAAAGGAAGAACGUGACAAUGAAUGUCUUGAAAAACAGCGAACCAUAUUGAAAGUAGGAGAAACUAAAGAUGAAGGGCAUUUGUCAGAUGAAAAUGUAGACAUAAAAACAAUGGAAGAGGGAGAUGGAAUGGAUUUGAAUGUGGCCCCAGCUUGCAAAUCAGAACUUAUCGAAGGAUUUAGUGCAAACGUUGAAACAGUGGGCAUUACACUUAGAGAUGGAUGGGCAAUAGAAGAGACAGAAGAAACCAGAAAUAAUGAUGGGAAUCAAAAUGGUGACACUCUUUAUGCUGUGGACAGAGGACUAAUAAGGGGAGCAGAGAGAAGAAGGAAUAUCAAUGAAUGUACAAGGAGCACAACAGAAGGACAAAGACCAAAAAUACAGCUGAAAAUCGAAAAGGGUGUAAAACUAGAAGAAGAUGAAAAUUUUACAAAUGUAAAAGAGAUUCAGAGUCAAUUCGGUGAUGCAAAAUUGCACAAAACAAGUGAACACGGGAAACUGUUUGCAGAAAUUACAGGACAAUGCAGAACAAGAAUCGUGAACAAAGAAACAGAUGGAAAUGAGGGAAGAAAGCAGAUUACAAAGGAUGGAGUGGGAAAAAAAAGAAUUCAGAAAAGGACCCAUGAAAACGAAGAAGUUUUUAACCUUCAGCUGGAUUCCCCCUCAUUGGAUUUCACUGCACAAAAGUUCCGAAUCGCUCUUAAGAAUCGCCACACUCGCGCACCCAAAGACCCUCGCAUUCUCCUCCAUAUAUCUUCCUUAAGCCCCACUUCUGCACCACCAAAACUGGAUGAGGAGACAGCAACAAAGCCAGUUGGAAUAAAGGUGGGAGGAGCAGGGAUGAUGGGAUUCAAACUGCCAGGUAUUGGUGCAGGGUUUCCAGUGCUAAAGAAAACAGAAGGAAGAGUGGAGGAGAAGGGAGAAGAAGGUUCAGGACAGAUGAUCAUGAAGGCACCAACCCCAAAUCUUGGUCCUGAUGACAGGGAGCCAGCAGCCACGAAAAAGUGGGCAGCAGGAUCUGUUGGAGUGAUGCUGCCAGGUUUGGGCCCAGGAAUGCCUGCACUGAGGAAGACAGACAAAGGAGUAAAGCUGAUAGAGAAGACUACAGAUGAUGCUACAGUCUCUCAUGGUAAACGUGAUACAUCGAGUGGCGGAGGAGCUGAAAGAAACAGAGAAGAGUCAAAGGAAAAGGGAGUCAAAGGUGUUGGACCGUCCACUAUAAAACUUCCAAGUUUUGGUGCUGGUUUUCCUGUGCUCAGAAAGACAGGAAUGGGAAAUAAAUUGAGAGGUGAAGAGGGUAAAACAUCAGAAGCAGAGCAGAAUGAAACUGAAAAUAAUCAGCCAGAAAAACCGGGAUCAGACAGUCCAAUGUUGGUGUCAGAGCUUAAAAAAAGAUUUAUGAAAACUGAAAGAAAGUGAAAAAUCCAUGAUAUAUUAUAAUGAAAUCGAUAAGCAAUAGAGCAAUAUGGUUAUAUUUUUCUAAUGAAAUUGAUUGUGAAGGCAGGAGUAACUCAUUUGAAGUUGGGAUUCACGGAUCUCAAGUUUAAAUUUCACAACACUUUCUAUCUGCUUCAAAGAUCUAAGUACAAACAUUCAUUACAACUCUGCUGAUUAAGGACUACAGCAUCUUUCAUUGUAAUUUAAAUGCACAUUUAAACUACUUCUUCCAUUCAUGCUUUUAAAAUGCUCAAUCGUGAUUUUAAAAUAUUUACUUAUGCAUCUUAUAAUUACUUGCACUAUAUGAUUCUUUGUUUUAUUAAGAAAAAAUAUAUAGCAUAUAUUUUUAAUUGCUUUUAAAAUACCACUCUGUACUUUGACAUGUUCUGCACAAAAACUUAUAAAUAAUGUUAUGCAUCCCA